ACAAAAAACAUCUCUGCAGCUGCUCCAACAAAAUGAAUACCAUUCUGUUCCUGACCGCUGCGGCGCUGUGCGCGUCCCUGGGUCUCACCUACCCGACCGAUUUUGCGAAAGGCAGCGGAGGACUUCAGACAACCGCUGAGCCAGUAACCAUGACUCCGGAAAUCGUGUUUGUGGAUGACAGUAGUGAAGCUACAGCCGGCCAGCGAUAUAAAAGAUCUGUCAGUCUCCAGUCUACCGCUGAGCCAAUGACCAUGACUCCUGAAAUCGUGUUUGUGGAUGACAGUAGUGAAGCUACAGCCAGCCAGCUAUAUAAAAGAUCUGUCAGUCUCCAGUCUACCGCUGAGCCAAUGACCAUGACUCCUGAAAUCGUGUUUGUGGAUGACAGUAGUGAAGCUACAGCCGGCCAGCGAUAUAAAAGAUCGGACAGUCUCCAGUCUACCGUCGAGCCAAUGACCAUGACUCCCGAAAUCGUGUUUGUGGAUGAAAGUAGUGAAGCUACAGCCGGCCAGCGAUAUAAGAGAUCGGGCAGUGACAGUUUCGAUGACAGGAACGUUGCUCGGAAUGAAUUUCUUCAAACGACUUCAGCUCCAUUGAAACACGAUGAAACUCCUGGGCAUACGCAUCAGCGUGAUGGCUUGAUCGACGUUUCUUCGACAUGGGAUGAAAAGGCAAAAUUUCCGGGAGAAGAGAUUGAGGAAUCGACUGAGAGUGGACCAUCGAAUCCCGUUGACUUGCUAACACAACUUAGAGAAAAAUUUAUUAAGUUGAAGGAACAUAUUAUUUAGGCUAUGGAAUAAAUUUAAAUAAGUUAUUUAAUCUCAUUUCAGGGGAAGAGCCAAUAGCUCCUCCUGCACGGGAUGAUUAAGCAACUAACAUUCCAGAAAAGACGUCCCGUGGCCACUGCUGUGCACUGCAUAGCACGACGAGCUUUCUUUAAAUAUAAUGGCAUAUCAUCUAUUAUGUGGUUGAUAUUCUUAAAUUGAUUUCUCAUUCAUUAACAAGUAGUUGUUGGUUCAUGUUUAUUAGGUGAUGUCCAAUGUUUACCAGUGUUAAUAAAAUAAUAGCCUUGGCG